AUGAGUGAUACAUUAGCUAUGGAAAAAAAGGCACAAGCCCUAGAGGAUUUUUGGCAUGCAUUCUGUGAGGGAGAAUGCAUCCAAUUUUUACUUGAGGUAAUUCCCUUAUCUAGAUUUGCAGCUGAAACAUUGGAUGCGGUGGCAAUUUGUUUAGCAUCCAUCUUGAUUCUGUUUGGGUUGAUUUGCAUUGCUUACUCAUUCUACUCCCGCUUUUGUAUUAAUCUCAAAUAUUUUAGUGGCCCAUGGAUUAUUAGAAUUACAUUCAUCCUAUUUGUGAUUUGGUGGAGUUUAGGUGAGAUUGUUCGAUUAACUUUGUUAAGACGCACCCUUCAUAACUUAAAAUGGAAGGAAACUGUUUGCAAAUGUUACAUUGUGUCGAACAUCGGAUUUGCAGAACCUUGCCUCAUCCUCACACUUGUGUUUCUCCUACGUGCACCCAUGCAGAAGUUGGAUACUGGAAUUAUGAGCAAAAAAUGGAAUGCAAGAACUUUUGGUUAUAUUAUUCUUUAUUGUCUUCCAAUGUUUCUUCUUCAAGUUUUUGUUAUUUUAGCGGAAUCUCAUUUCUGGAAGAAGGUACCUCAUUAUUUUACAAGUAUAAUAAUAAUUGAUGAUCCCUCUUUAGUGGCGCCCGUGGAAAAUGAUGAUAUCGUCGUUUGUACUUACCCUUUGCGUAGUAUUGUUAUCCUCGGCUUUUUUACCGUUAUCUUGACUUCCUACAUUCUUUUGAUUGGUAUCCGAAUAUUGAAAUUAGUCAUCAACAAAGGUUUAAAAAAAAGGGUUUCCGCUCUACUAUUCUCUGUUUUGUGUUUCCUUCCAUUAAGGGUUCUUUUUCUUGGUUUAUCUAUUUUAUUUAAACCUGGCCAUUUUAUGUUUGAAGCCUUUGUUUUCUUGGCUUUUCUUGCACAUGUAUGUUGUUCUGGGUUGUGCAUAUACACACUUGUGUACCGUCCAAUUGCAGAUUGUUUAGCAAUGGGAAAUCUACAAUACUUGGAAGCUCAAACUAGGAGGUUUAAUGAUGAUGAUGAUGAUGAUAACACUCUUACUUACCGUUACAAAAAAAUGGCUUAA